CUAUCUGGGAACUCCUGUCUCCUUUUUUCUUUCGCCUGCAGCCAGCAGAGCUUGAGAGCCUGGGAAUUCGAGUAGUCAGCGGCAACAGCUAUGGCUGAGCGCCGCGCCUUCGCCCAAAAAAUUAGCAGGACGGUGGCUGCUGAGGUACGCAAACAGAUCGCAGGUCAAUAUGGAGGCUCUCCUCAGCUCCUCAAGAACCUCAACGUGGGUGCCAACGCCGCCAGCAACACUGUUCCUCUCACAGAGACAGUGGAACCGGUGGACUUUGAAGAGUACCUCAUCACACAUCCCCCUAUUGUUGAGUCGGGGCCACUGAGGGACCUCAUCGAGUUCCCCCCUGAUGACAUCGAAGUGAUCUACACGCCUCGCGAGUGCCGCACAGCGGGCCAGCCGCUGCCAGAGGAGGGUGACAAUGAUGCUCACGUCAGAGAUUGUACUCGGUCCUACACAGAGGAGUGGGCUGUCGUCAACCGCAAGUACCAUAAGCUGGGCACUGGGUUCAACCCCAACACCCUGGACAAGCAAAAGGAGCGGCAGAGGGGACUUCCCAAACAGGUGUUUGAGUCAGAUGAACUGCCAGAUAGCAGCAGCUAUCAGGAUGAUCAGGAUGACUUGAAGCGGAGGUCCAUGUCCAUUGAUGACACGCCUCGGGGCAGCUGGGCCUGUAGCAUCUUCGACCUGAAGAAUUCCCAGCCCGAUGCCCUCCUGCCUCAUCUGCUAGACCGCGCCCCAAAUGAAGAAAUUGACCGCCACAAUGAGGACCAGCGGAAGUCCAAUAGGCACCGCGAGCUUUUCGCCCUGCAUCCGGCCCUGGACGAGGAGGAGCCAAUAGAACGCCACUGUGUGCCCGAGGUCCCCAAAGAGCACUUUGGUCAGAGACUGUUGGUGAAGUGCUUGUCCUUGAAGUUUGAGAUUGAAAUCGAACCAAUAUUUGCAAGUUUGGCCUUGUAUGAUGUCAAGGAGAAGAAAAAGAUAUCAGAGAACUUCUUCUUUGACUUGAACUCUGAGCAAACCAAAGGCAUGCUGAAGCCUCACAUCCAGACGGCUGCCAUCUCCACUCUGGCUCGAUCCGCCAUCUUCUCGAUCACCUAUCCUUCCCAAGAUGUCUUCCUGGUGAUCAAGUUGGAGAAAGUGUUGCAGCAAGGGGACAUCGGAGAGUGUGCCGAGCCAUACAUGGUAUUCAAAGAGGCUGACGCCCCUAAAAACAAGGAGAAGUUGGAGAAGUUACGUGGCCAGUCGGAGCAGUUCUGCCAGCGCUUGGGCCGGUACCGCAUGCCCUUUGCCUGGACAGCCAUCCACCUGAUGAACAUCGUGAACAGCGCCGGCAGCCUGGAGAGGGACACCGAGCUGGAGAUGGGCCUGCCAGAGCGGAAAGGGUCCUGGUCAGAGCGUAGGAACUCGAGCAUUGUGGGCCGGCGCUCCCUGGAGAGGACCACCAGUGGGGACGAGUCCUGCAGCCUGACCAGCUUCAGGCCGGCCACUCUCACCGUCACCAACUUCUUCAAGCAGGAGGGUGAUCGUCUGAGUGAUGAGGACCUCUAUAAGUUCUUGGCUGACAUGAGGAGGCCCUCCUCCGUUCUCCGUAGGCUCAGGCCCAUCACAGCCCAGCUGAAACUGGACAUUUCCCCAGCCCCUGAGAAUCCGCACUACUGCUUGACCCCUGAGCUGCUGCAGGUCAAGCCCUACCCCGACAGCAGGGUGCGCCCCACCAGAGAGAUCCUCGAGUUCCCCCCCAGAGAUGUGUAUGUGCCCAACACCAACUACAGGAACCUCCUGUACGUGUAUCCUCAGAGCCUGAACUUUGCCAACCGGCAAGGUUCUGCCCGCAACAUCACAGUCAAAGUGCAGUUCAUGAAUGGAGAGGAUAUCAGCAAUGCCCUGCCUGUGAUUUUUGGCAAGUCCAGCUGUUCCGAGUACGCCAAAGAGGCCUACACAGCCGUGGUGUACCACAACCGGUCACCCGAUUUCCAUGACGAGAUCAAGAUCAAGCUGCCGGCCUCUCUGACUGACCACCACCACAUCCUGUUCACGUUCUACCAUGUCAGCUGCCAACAGAAGCAGAACACCCCCCUGGAGACGCCCGUGGGCUACACGUGGAUCCCCAUGCUGCAGAACGGCCGUCUCAGAACGGGGCACUUCUGUCUGCCCGUGUCCCUGGAGAAGCCCCCUCAGUCCUACUCAGUGCUCUCCCCAGAGGUGCCGCUGCCAGGGAUGAAGUGGGUUGAUAACCAUCGAGGGGUUUUCAAUGUGGAAGUGGUCACAGUCUCAGCCAUGCACACACAGGACCAGUACCUGGACAAGUUCUUUGCGCUGGUGCACGCGCUGGACGAGCACAUGUUCCCGGUGCGCAUCGGAGACAUGCGCAUCAUGGAGAACAACCUGGAGGCGGAGCUCAAGUCCAGCAUCGCCGCGCUCACCUCCACGCAGCUGGAGCCCGUGGUGCGCUUCCUGCACCUGCUGCUGGACAAGCUGGUGCUGAUGGUGGUGCGGCCCCCGGUCAUCGCCGGACAGAUAGUGAAUCUAGGCCAGGCCUCUUUUGAAGUGAUGGCGUCCAUUGUGAACCGUCUGCACAAGUACCUGGACACCAGUCAGGACCAGCACGGGCGAAACUCCCUCCUGUCCUCCUACAUCCACCAUGUCUUCCGUCUCCCCAACAUGGACCCCAACGCCCCCUCACCAGGUCCUGGUGGAUUAGGCGGGUCGGUACAUUACGCCACCAUGGCCCGCUCCGCAGUCAGGCCCGCCAGCCUCAACCUCAACCGCUCCCGUAGCCUUAGCAACAGUAACCCUGACAUUUCGGGGACCCCCACGUCCCCUGACGACGAGGUGCGGUCCAUCAUCGGUAGCAAGGGCUUAGACCGCUCCAACUCCUGGGUGCACACGAUGGGGUGCAAGAGUGCCCCCUGGGGAACCAGCCCCAGCUCCGCUUCUGACACCGUGCAGGCCAUGGAGCGCAGUGGCAAUCGCAUGUCCUCGCACACUGAGAGCGCCAGUUUCUUGCAAACUUUAACAGGACGGUUGCCGACCAAAAAGCUCUUCCAUGAGGAGCUGGCCUUGCAGUGGGUGGUCAGCAGUGGCAGUGUCCGAGAGGGCGCGCUACAACAGGCCUGGUUCUUCUUCGAGCUCAUGGUCAAGAGCAUCAUCCACCACCUGUACUUCGCUGACCGCUUGGACUCUCCCAGGAAGAACCGCUUCCCUGAGCGCUUCAUGGAUGACAUCACCGCUCUGGUCAGCACUAUUGCCGGUGACAUUGUCUCCCGAUUCCAAAAGGACCUGGAGCUGGUGGAGAGACUGAACAUGAGCCUGGCCUUCUUCCUCAACGACCUGCUCUCCGUCAUGGACCGCGGCUUCGUCUUCACCCUGAUCAGGACCUACUGGAAACAGGUGUCCACUAAGCUGCACGCGCUCCAGAACCCCACUCUGGAGUCCCUGCGUCUGGACUUCCUGCGCAUCGUGUGCAGCCACGAGCACUACGUCACCCUCAACCUGCCCUGUAGUCUUCUCACUCCACCUGCCUCUCCUUCCCCAUCUGUCUCCUCCGCCACGUCCCAGAGCUCGGGCUUCUCCACGCACGUGCAGGACCAGAAGAUCGCCAACAUGUUUGAGUUGUCUGUGCCGUUCAGGGAGCAGCACUACCUGGCUGGCCUCGCCCUCACUGAGCUGGCCAUCAUACUGGACCCAGAAGCAGAAGGGAUGUUCAGUCUGCAUAAGAAGGUUAUCAGUGUAGUACACAACCUGUUGUCCAGCCAUGACUCUGACCCACGGUACGCAGACCCUGAGGUCAAAGCCAGGGUUGCUAUGCUCUACCUGCCACUCAUUGGAAUCGUCAUGGAAACGUUGCCCCAGCUGCACGACUUCACUGAGUCCCACAACCAAUGGGGUCGCCCAGGCGGAACAGCAGGGGAGGAGCCAGAGGUCGAGGGCAACAGUCUCAUCAGUCAGACGGUUGCCAUGGCGAUCGCUGGGACCUCUGUGCCGCAGAUGUCCAGGCCCAGCAGCUUCUUGCUCAAUCCCCAGGCCACGCGUCAGCACGGCACCUUCUCGGCCGAGUCCAGCCGCAGCCUGCUCAUCUGCCUGCUGUGGGUGCUGAAGAACGCGGACGAGAUGGUGCUGCAGAAGUGGUUCACCGACCUGUCCGUGUCCCAGCUCAACCGCCUGCUGGACAUGCUCUACCUCUGCGUCUCCUGCUUCGAGUACAAGGGUAAGAAAGCGUUUGAGCGCAUGAACAGCCUGACCUUCAAGAAGUCCAAGGACAUGAAGGCCAAGCUGGAGGAGGCCAUCCUGGGCAGCAUAGGGGCACGGCAGGAGAUGGUGCGACGCAGCAGAGGACAGCUGGAGCGGAGUCCGUCAGGCAGUGCCUUUGGCAGCCAGGAGAACCUGCGCUGGAGGAAAGACAUGACCCACUGGAGGCAGAACAGCGAAAAAAUGGACAAGACGCGAGCGGAGCUUGAGCAUGAAGCGCUCAUCGAUGGGAAUCUGGCGACAGAGGCCAACCUCAUCAUCCUGGACACGCUGGAGAUCAUCGUCCAGACGGUGUCGGUGACGGAGUCGAAGGAGAGCAUCCUGGGAGGCGUACUGAAGGUGCUGCUGCACAGCAUGGCCUGCAACCAGAGCGCCCUCUACCUGCAGCACUGCUUCGCCACGCAGAGGGCACUCGUGUCCAAGUUCCCAGAGCUGUUGUUUGAGGAGGAGACGGAGCAGUGUGCAGAUCUGUGCCUGAGGCUCCUGAGGAGCUGCAGCAGCAGCAUCAGCACCAUCCGCGCUCACGCCAGCGCAUCCCUCUACCUCCUCAUGAGGCAGAACUUUGAGAUCGGCAAUAACUUUGCGCGGGUGAAGAUGCAGGUGACCAUGUCCCUGUCCUCUCUGGUGGGCACGUCGCAGAACUUCAAUGAGGAGUUCCUGCGGCGCUCGCUGAAGACCAUCCUGACCUACGCCGAGGAGGACCUGGAGCUCAGAGAGACCACCUUCCCCGACCAGGUGCAAGACUUGGUGUUUAACCUGCACAUGAUCCUGUCAGACACGGUGAAGAUGAAGGAGCACCAGGAAGACCCAGAGAUGCUCAUAGAUCUCAUGUACAGAAUUGCCAAGGGUUACCAGACGUCUCCAGACCUGCGUCUGACAUGGCUGCAGAACAUGGCGGGCAAACACUCGGAGCGCAACAAUCACGCCGAGGCUGCCCAGUGCCUGGUGCACAGCGCCGCCCUGGUGGCCGAGUACCUCAGCAUGCUGGAGGACCGCAAGUACCUGCCUGUGGGCUGCGUCACCUUCCAGAACAUCUCCUCCAACGUACUGGAGGAGUCGGCCGUGUCCGAUGACGUGGUGUCGCCCGAUGAAGAGGGCAUCUGCUCUGGGAAAUACUUCACUGAAGUCGGCCUGGUGGGACUGCUGGAGCAGGCUGCUGCCUCCUUCUCUAUGGCUGGCAUGUAUGAGGCUGUGAAUGAGGUGUAUAAGGUCCUUAUACCCAUACAUGAAGCCAACAGAGAUGCCAAGAAGCUGGCUACCAUUCAUGGUAAACUGCAGGAAGCCUUUAGCAAAAUUGUCCACCAGAGUACGGGCUGGGAGAGGAUGUUUGGGACUUACUUUAGAGUCGGAUUUUAUGGCUCUAAGUUUGGAGACUUGGAUGAGCAGGAGUUUGUGUACAAAGAACCGGCUAUCACUAAGCUGGCAGAAAUCUCACAUAGACUUGAGGGUUUCUAUGGGGAAAGGUACGGAGAAGACCAAGUUGAAGUCAUUAAGGAUUCCAACCCUGUGGACAAGUGCAAAUUGGAUCCCAACAAAGCCUUCGUCCAGAUCACAUACGUAGAGCCGUACUUCGACACUUACGAGAUGAAGGACCGCAUCACGUACUUUGACAAGAACUACAACCUGCGGCGCUUCGUUUACUGCACACCCUUCACGCUGGACGGACGGGCGCACGGUGACCUGCACGAGCAGUACAAACGCAAGACCAUCCUCACCACCUCCCACGCCUUCCCCUACAUCAAGACCCGCAUCAACAUCAUCCACAAGGAAGAGAUCAUCUCAAUGCCAAUAGAGGUGGCCAUCGAGGACAUGCAGAAGAAGACCCAGGAGCUGGCUUUUGCCACCCACCAAGAUCCAGCAGAUGCUAAGAUGUUGCAGAUGGUGCUUCAAGGAUCUGUAGGCACCACAGUCAAUCAGGGACCGCUGGAGGUAGCCCAGGUGUUCCUGUCCGAAAUCCCAAGUGACCCUAAACUUUACAGACACCAUAAUAAGCUUCGCCUUUGCUUCAAAGAUUUUACAAAGAGGUGUGAAGACGCCCUUCGCAAAAACAAGAGCCUGAUUGGUCCUGACCAGAAGGAGUACCAGCGGGAGCUGGAGAGAAACUACCACCGGCUGAAGGAGUCUCUGCAGCCCCUCAUCAACAGGAAGAUCCCUCAGCUCUACAAGCCCGUGCUGCAGGUCAACUCCCACAGAGAUUCCUUCAGUCGAAUGAGUCUUCGUAAACUCGAGAUGUGAACAAAUACCAUGAAGAAAAGAAAGGAGAUGGCUUGUGCUCAUGAAGAAAAGGAUAAUUUAUUUGUUUGUAAAUAUCAAAGGCCCUUGAGAAAAUUCAGUGUUCCUGCAUAGGGAGGAUGGGGGGGAGCUUGUGUUAAACAUUGGUACGUCAUUCCAAUACUUUUUUCGUUUACAAAAACGGUCUGUUACGAAAUCAUUGGAACUGAAAGUGGAUUUUUACAGCGUACGGUAUGUGUCAAAAUCUGGAUUAAAUUUCCUGUGUGCACUUUUUAUUUUUUAAGCUGUGUUCUGAUGCAUUUUAUUAGACAUUGUACAACUUGAACAUUUACUAUUUAAUCCAAAAUGACAAAACAAGCAAAAAAAUGUACCACUAUUUAUCAUGACGGUUCAUCUUCUUUUUUUAAGUUACUGGUACUGCAUUUGUUAAAAAAAGGAAAGAAAAAAAGAAAAUAGGGUACUGUUUCAGACAUCCUUGAAUUGUUUUAUGUAGCUUUUGUUUACUUUAAAUAUUUUACUAAAUAAAUUUUAAUGUCUGUA